AGUCUGUCAAGGAAUCAGUAACCAUCUUCGGGAGCUUGUAACAAAAUGUCGCUUCACAUUCUGUGUCGUUUUAGUGCAAAUUAAAUCUUUCUAAAUGUGGAAUACUAGCUUUCCACAAUCCACCCUUCAACCUCUGCCAUCGCUAAAGAAGCUAUUCGUAAUCGUAACUGUUGCUUCGAGCGCCACUAGGGUGCUGUUCAGCACAGCGACAUGGCUGCAACCAGUGACACCACAAAUCCAAUGGACGAAGGACUACAGGACCUGGGGGUGCCGGUGCCGGUUCAGACAUUCCUUUGGCAACAAAUAGCCCCAUUCAUCCGACCCAAGCUAGGAAAACUGCAUGAAGCCAGCUGUAUGUAUUGUCAACAUGCACCUGGACAUCAUGAGCUCAAGGAGGCUUGUAAGUCAUUCGAAAAGUCGCUGGUACAAAACAUGUUCUAUGGCUUGUCACCAUCGCUUGAAUCGGCACUGAAAUCAAUUCCCCGAUGGAGACUAGUCCAGGCCGCUUUACCACACGUCAUGCACUGUGCCGGUGCACUCAUGCACAAUCGUGUUAAGGAUUUACAACCGUUGGGAGCAGCCGAGACAAAAAUUCUUUACACGCUUCAUUGGAUAUUACUGUUUGCAGCCGAAGAAUGUGCCGACGACGAUUUGGAAGCAAAUAAGGAAGUCAAAGUCAAACAAAGCUAUCUGUUCUCCAUACCCACUAUAUCGCUCUUCGUUUAUUUAUUUGCACCAAUUGCUCAUAUGCUGAAAGAAUCCGACUUUCAAAACAUACGUCUUGAAAAUGGUUUGAAAAUGUGGCAAGGAAUGUGGGAAUACCGUGCUCCAAACGCACCAUGUUUUACUGCUCCUGUAAAACCAAAAGCGCGGAAUUUUCUCAAUUCUGUCAGUACCACACCAUCUGUGGAAGUAUUUUCACCAAAAAAACCAGAAGCAGCGCAGCAAGGCAUUGACUCACCUCCCAGCAUUUCUUUUUCUGAGACUCCAAAGCAUGACGACGAGUUGUCCUACAUAUCAUCCCCGAAGGAUUCCGUCUUUCCGGAAACCAUUCCCGAGGAAGCAUCCAGUGUCGAAGAAGAACGGGUCGUUAUUUUCCAACUACCUGUGGGUGGUAAUUUAGCGGAUUCAUCCUUCUACACCGCUGACGCUAGCUUGCUGCAUCAAUCCACCAGUCGAAAAGGAGCCAAGCAGAUGCCUUUUGGCGGAAGAGAACGACCGGACAAAAUAGCGACUAAAUUUGAUUUCGACCGAAUUGACACGUACAGCAGAGGGGAAGAUUCCAAACCCAAAACAAGUUCUUCUACAGAACGAGAGUCACUGGAAACAGACCCCAAGUCACCACAGUGUACUAAAGGAGACGUCGCAGCGGCUACAUUUCUUGACGUAGCUGUGCUACGGUGUUUGUUCAUAUCCCACUGGCAAGAAGAUGGAGUUUACUGGAGUUUGCACUACUUGAAUAACAGACUACGAGAAAUCAGUGAAGAAACAUCGAUACCACCGUCGCAGCCUAGACGGCGAUCAAAUUCACUGCCGAUCCCUCAGAUAGAAAUUUCACUAUACCAAGGGCCAAACAGUAGCAACCGUGACAGCCCAAGCACGGGAUCGAUCAAUAAAGACUAUAUAGAAGUACCUGAACCACCGAUCAGUUCACUUCUCAUCGAUUCACCCUAUCAUGAGACGAAGCCGUCCAACGAAGAACAAAGUACCCCGACUGCCGAACGCAAAGGCAGCGAGAAAAAACGACGCGUAAAAAUGGCAGACUUGAGAACGCUAAUUGAAACACGUAUCCUUUCCAAGUCCGACCGAGGCCUGGAGAAAAUUGGUUUGGAUGUAGGAACCAACGGAAAACGACUUCAACAUUUGGAUUCCCAUCGCAGUUUGGACACAGGAGAGAAACAAUUAUCUAGGUCCGCUUCAAUGAUCUCUCGCGCACCUUCGACAAACCUUGUCAAAGGAAAAAGCAUGCCCAGUUUAAGCUGUCUUCUAGAUAGCGGAUUUCACAGGUAUGUCGAGCCACCCAAAGUUAUAAGAAAUCCACAGCCACCGGCCAACCCACGUCCAGUGCAACCAACUUCGCGUUACCCGAUCAUCACCGUUACCGAACAUACACCGACCCCAUCGCCUGAUUAUCUCAAACGACAGGGAUCCAUCGAUUCACAACUGGAUGCGCUCAGCAUUGGCGGCAGCACAGGAGUUUUCAAGAGCCAAAUGUUAAGAUCUCAUACUGAUUCGCAUAUAGGUUAUAACAGUGGAGCAGACGAAACCGAAGCCCCAGGCUCGAGUUUCUACAUUACCAAGGAGGGUGGCAUCGAUUACGAAAUUGUCCUUCUGGCGGUACAUUGUGUAUUCAAGCGCGACUCUAACAUUUGCACUUUACGAGUGCUGGAGACCGGAUUGAAUAUAUGUGAACUGUUGUUGGAUUUGGGAGUGCUGAAACUGGGUGAACAUGCCCACACGCUGGCAAUGGGGAUUAUCAAGCGAGCACUGCUACAUCUAGGGUGUCCUCACGGCUGCAACGAUGGAAACCGCGUUCCACCAGCCGAAGUGCUUCGUACCACAUGCCAUUCCAUUCUUUCCCGUCUGUUGCGGCAAGCCUCAAAACUAUCGAAAGCUUAUCUCCGGAGCAUGAUAAGGACAACGCAGUUGCAUGAGCUCAUCGAAUUCUUCCACGCAUUUGUUGGCUUUUGCGUAGAUCCAAGCUCGCUACUUUCACCGCUAAACCAUAAGAGACCAUCUGCCAUAAAAACGCUGACUCCUGAUUUUGGCGGUAUAUCAGGCGGACAGGGAGGAUAUGCAACAAAUUUUGGAAGUGGCCUCAGCGGAGGAGCUGAAAGUCAGGUAAUUGCUGCCGUGUUCAAGACACUGGUGAGCCGUUUCGUAGAUGCCUUGAAAGACUUGAAAGGUCAAGAAAACAUUGCUCUGUAUUGCGAUGUUCGUCAGUUGGUAACGUACGUGAAAGGCGCUCAUGGAGGGCCAUUUAGGCGUGUCGCUUUGAGCGGCAUAUUGGCAGUUACACCUAGACCCAACAAACAAGCUCCGAACAUGCAGACCACACGAGUUAUACGACAUAUACCGGCCAAUGACGCACAAACGCUUCAACAGGAUGAAAAGAAUCAACGGAAACUGGUGUUCAAGAAGAAAAGCACAUCUUCAACGUGUGCAUUUGUACCACUAUUAUUACAGAGUCUGUUGGAGACAGAGGGCUUAGAAGAGCAUUGCCGAGCAAGCCAGAGCCCUUUGAGUAAUUAUCGGCGAAAAGGAUUACCAACUAGACCCACGCUAACCCCAAGGCAUAGCGAAAGAGCUCUUCUCUCCGAUUCAACAUCAAGCUCUGAACGGAAUUCAGUUGGCAGAAUCAGUGGCAUAGUGCGUUGGUUUCGUGGAUCUAAAGAUCGUGAAUCUAUAGACCUGGAAUCUGGACCUAUGGGAGGCAGUACAGAAAUUCAGACCUCAUUCAUGAGAAAGGGGUCUCUUACAUUUCAAGCUAGAACUCGAGCUACUGAUGGAAUAGGAAAAUCUAUCCAACGUGCUAGGAAGCGUGUGGAACGUAGACUUGGACGAUUUGGGAUCGGCAAAGGCAAGAAGAAAAUGGGAGGGACCGAAGAUGUUUCAGGGAGCUAUUUCAGUCAUCGACCAUCACUAGAUAUGGGCGAAGGACCACGCGAAUCCGAAGUCGUAGUUCUGAAAGAAAGACGCCUUAUACCGAUAGAUCCCGUUCGCGAAGGCAUGGCAAGAUUCUCGUUUUUGCUGGAAACUUGUGCCCCUGGCUCUAUUCCUGAUCCGCCGUUGAUUGCCGCUUUGCUUGACCUGCCUCAGGCACCAAUCGUUGCACGCGCUGCAUUACUAAUGGAAUGCGCCCAUUUCGUGCAUCUUUGCAAUCGAGGACAGUGGCCUAGCUGGAUGAAGCAGAAUAUCCCUUCAUUCAGACCCUCGGGACCCGCAUUGGGAAAUAGAUCGUCAUUAGCAGCUGGUGCCCGGCGCAUUCACAUCCUUCAGAGAGCAGCAGGAAAAAUGUUCCAUCAGUGGGGAGAAGCGUUGGGUUUCCGCUUGGAUGAUAUGUUGACCAACGAAACGAAGCUACACGAUCAGGUUAAUGCUAGCCUUGUGGAUCCAGAAAAGCAAAAACAACUCUUGCAACAAGACGAAGAAGAAGAUUUUUUGGAUGAAUUGAGUGUAAACCCCCGCGGCAACGACUGUCCACCUGCACUGAAGCUGGUAGCAUGUAUUUUAUUGCUGGAAAUCACUGGGUUCCUCAGAGAAACCUAUCAAACCUUACCCAAGACAUCUAGAUUAUCCACGAAGGAAAAACAAGUCCCGUGGGAUAAAGUUUGUCGUGAAACCAACCGCCGAUGGUCGAUGGCUUUAAGUUCCAUGGGUCACUCUCAAACGUCCGCUCAAAGUCUACAAUCCAUCGCAGGGCAAACGGAGAGAAAGAUAUCAUUUGUCCUUCAAGAACCGGAUAACGAAUCGGAGGGCAGUAGCAACACCACUCUUACAAUACAAGGGGAAGAAGUCGUCCAACAAGCCCAAAAGCGUUCCAUUAGCACUACGAGAAACUUCCUAUUGCGACGUGGAACAUCCACAACACCUGCCGGUGGAUCCUUUAAACGAAGAUCAUUGAAGUUGCGGCGUGCACCUAAGGAUCUGAAGGAUAAUGACGAUUAUCCCGUGAAGCGAACCGAUUCGAUACAAUCACGAAGAAAGGUAUCUUCAUUAUCGGAUCGUAGCGACAAUUCUGAGCCAGGUCAAAUCAGUGGGGGUGAGGAAUCGCCGGGCAUUUUAAGUGACGAUCAGCCACCGGAGUCGCCAUGUGAUUCCAACGAUUCUGAUGAAACUGCUAAGAACUUGCCUUGGCUACGUCCGGUGAUUGCAUUUUUGAACUCGUUCAACUACUAUUGUGAUCAUCAAAACUUCUGUCAUCCAUACUGCUAUCGAAGACACAUGCGGGCAGCUACAAGACUGGUGAAGGCCGUACGUAAGGUAUACGGAGAAGAAUUUGGAUUGAUUCCAAUGGCAUUUACCCAUGUAACUGAAUCAGCAAAGAACAGUGCUCGACGGGAUCGAACCAAACAUGGUAGAAAGGUAUCCGAUCAAAGUUCUUCGCAGACAUCACCGUCUCGUAGAAAGGAUAGCAUUUCCAAACGCGAUAGAAUAAUUCAAGACGAUUCUGAGCCAAAUACGUCUCAGUAUUCACAACGCACUGAUGAAAGUAAAAAGUCACAAGAAUCUCCAUUGAUUAUGAAGUACAUAAAAAAUCAUGUUCGAGAAAUGUUUCACGUGCCGAUUGCAACUCUUGUGAAAGGAGCGUCCGUUUUGACUGAGGAGCAAUUUAUAGAAAUUAUACCCGUAGCCUGGGAGCUUCUGCUGGAAUCCAACCAGGAAGUGUCAGCAGCUUCCGCUGCUUUGUUCAUUUUGGCUUCGGUCAAAGCUCCCACCACAGCAUCGGAACUGAUGCAGCGUGCCAUGAAGCAUAAAAAUCCAAACGUACGAGUGGAGGCUAUGCUUAGAUAUCAAGUACUGUGGAAAAAUCGCUUCCAAGUGUGGCCACGGAUGGAGGAAGGAGCUCAUUUGUCAUUCAAAGUACCACCACCUGGUAUCGAGUUUACGCUUCCAUCGCCUAAAAUUGGAAUUGAAAGCCUACCCGUAGUUGAUCCCCCUUGGAGUCCUCGACAGCAAAACAAGGACAUGGAAGUGACACUGAAUCAAGAGAGACAUCGAUCGCUCGUCACGGCUACAAAAACUCGUAAAAAGCAGCAAACGGAAGCCAUUCGCCACGCCAUCCAACAACAGGAGGACAAACAACGUUCCGAAAGGCAAAGUUUCCUCAUCACCACUAUCCCGAUAACACAGCAGGCAGCAUACGAGCCAGGUCUCGAUCAUGGCCCUGGCGAAGAUCACAUGGAAGAGGAAGAAGAUGGCGCUCGAUCAGCGAUCCAUAUGCAUGCCGCCCACUCUGUCUUCCCCUCGUGUUUGUGUUCUUCGGUAAUGCAAAUUGUGGCCUGUCUCGAUGAUGCCGCUGUAAAUGCAGAUGGACAGGCCGUCUACGAGACAGCCUACCAGGUCAUUUGGAUAUGUUUGGUGGAGGAUUCAGCCCUGUUUCUACGAUACGUGCUUGAGAGGCUAACCCGAGAUCACCAGGAUCAAAUGUUCAAAUUAUUGAGGCAUUUAAUUCGAUUCGUACCCAGAUUGCCCCAGCAAGCAGCAUUUGCGUUGUACAAUUACAUCAUCGGAUAUGUAAUGUUCUAUGUUCGAUCCACACACGAGUGCAGUCAACAGUUGGUUGGAUCGGCUUUAUCAGUAUUGUGGAUGGUGGUACAUAGUGUGCACGGAAUUAUGUUCAAAGACUUGAAGCAAAUUUUGCGAAAAGAACAGUGUGAUGCAUCCAUCCUGCUGACCGCCAACGUACCAUCUGCUAAGAAAAUUAUUGUUCAUGGACCAGAAGAUGAAGGUGGCAUCCCAUCUCAGUUUCCCGUUCAGGAGGAUACCCAGUUUACGCAGCUGCUGACAGAAUCGCUGGAUUACUUCGGCAUUGAUGAAAAGAAGCUCAACCAGUUUGUACUUGUGGACUACAAGACUCAACAGAUAUUGAAUCCCAAUUGGUAUGUGCGAGACUGGUACUUCUUCAAGCGAUCGCAAUAUCCACAGCUGAAGUUAAUCGAAAUGAAACCAGAAGAAGCUUUCAAUGCUCUGCAAAAACAAGAAUUGUACAAAAAGUUUGUGGAAAUAGGAAAGGUGCACUUGACUUGGGCCAUUUUGAAGAACGUCGACAUGGUCGUACAACGUGUGGUGUUUCUACACGAGGAACUCAUGAAGCUACCAUCGUUUCCAAGAAAGGCUCUGGAGGUAGAUUUGGACCUUCAUCAAGGAGGGGAAUUCGGUAAAGAACUACUCGGGCUCGAUGUGCUGCACAAGUUUAUGUGGGUUCGCCUAAUUGCCAGAAUGUUCGAAGCAAUGGCCGGAAACUUUGCUUACUCAGCUGAUAUUCAGUUGUUCUUGAAUGUGCUUUCUGGAGCCGCUUUACUUCACUCAGAAGAUUCGUGUAUUAUGCGAUAUGUUACAGCAACUUUUAUAAACGCUGCAUUCAAUUUCAAGAACAUUUUCUCUACCAAUGGAUACUUCAUGAUAAUGCCAACAUUACUUCAAGUGUAUUCAUUACAUCAAACGAACAAGUUGGUGACAACCACCAUCGAAUAUGCAGUGAAACAGUUCUACUUGCUUAACAGAAAGCCUUUUAUUCUACAAAUGUUCGGAUCGGUAUCAGCCAUUCUUGAUACAGAUGAAGAUGGUGCAUACGGCGAAGCACACAAGGUACAAUCCAGUUGCCUAUUCAACUUGCUGUUGAGUUUAGAGACACCAUCACCGGAUCCUUUAAACAUUGCUGAGUUAGUCAAAGAACCCAAACCACUGAAAGCCAUAGACUUUUGCUACCACGACGAGGAUGAAAUGGUAACUGUAUUGGACUGCAUAACACUAUGUGUCAUGGUUGUAUCUUAUUCAGCUGAGAGCACCAGAGGAUAUCAGAUGUUGAUAAUCCUGGAAGCCAUUCUACCUUGCUAUAUGCAGCAGAUUCAGUCGCCUAGUUAUGUGCCACUGGAGGGAAAAUGUGAAAGAGAUAUUAUCCUACAGUUGGCUGUUGCUAUUCGCACCAUGGUACACAACUGCGAGGGACUUUCAAAGAGCUACAACGGUCCGUUUCGCAACAGCCCGGAGCACAAAGGAUCCAGCCAGAGGAACUGUUCCCGAGGACCACCUUGCUCGCCUGGUCUAGAUUUUGAGGAAGAUUCACACUCCAAGUAUGUCAGUGAUGUAGGUAGAACCAAGAUCCUGAACGAGUCCGUCGAAGAUUCGGAAACCAUUAGAGCCGAAUACCGUAGACCACGCGAUGUUUUACUGUCCGUAGUGGGUGAAUUCAUAACACGAUCAACCACUCGGUUGAAUGAACUUUCGCGAAAGCAAGGAGAUAGUAAACCAGUGGAACUACUAGAUGUGAAGUGUCACGUGCGAUUGGCAGAAAUUGCUCAUUCGCUGCUCAAAGUUUCUCCGUACGAUCCGGAGUCGAUGGCUUGUCGAGGACUACAGCGUUACAUGCUGUGUAUCUUUCCAAGAGCCGAAUGGGCCGACGAUCAUGGAAUGAAGCCAACCUUGGUAACUAUACUACGUCGGCUAGAUAAGGUAUUUUUGAAGAUAUCCAAGAAAACUUCUGUUAGGCGCAAUACUGAUUGGGAGGCGGCUGCCGGUUUACUUAAAGGAGUAUACGAGUCUAUCGUUCGCUAUCCACAUGUUCUACAAUGGCGUGAAAUGAAAUCACUUCUGACAACCAUUCAAAAUCUUAUCGUGAAUGAACCUGGAAAUUUUCCCGAAGGAGUUUCGAGUGCCGGAGCAGCUCUGAUGUCCAAGAGUCCUCCUCCAUUCUUUUGUUCGCAGGUCGUUCGUUUAGUUGCACUUCAGGUGGUUAGCCCUGUGGAUUCUAUAUCGCUUGGGUUAGAACAAAUUUGUGGAGGAAAUGCUGAAUUUCCUACUCAAGAAAAGGCUGAAGCAUUUUUGAUGCAUCUUCUAAUGCCUCUAUGUCUCAAAGUGUGUAGUGGUCGCAGUAUUUCCGAUAUCGGUGAACUCAAACAGUCAGACAUUUCUUUUUUGGUAACGGCAGUUCUGAAUGCUAUGAGCCCCGUAGCUGGCCGAACUGCUCAGAUUGGUGCACAAAGUAACCGUACUGGGGCCGACAUCCGUGCUGGUUCCCUGACCUUUACGGGAAGUCGUGAUGCCAAGCGUCCAGCCAAAAUAUCUAACUCACUGUAUCAGGCUACAUUUUUGGCACUGCGUGUUUUGUGCAUUUGCUUCGAAUCCAGACUUUCCCAUGAAUGGCCCCGUAUUGUACGGGUGAUGCGGGACUUGGGACGUCGCAACGAGGCUGCUCCGGAACUAUGGAGCUUUUUGGAGUUCGUUGUUACUCAGAGGACUCCUCUGUAUAUUGUUCUGAUGCCUUUCAUAUUACACAAGAUCUCGCAACCGCCUAUCGGGGACCAUGAGCGUCAUAUGCAAUUUUUGAUUAGAGAACGGAUGAGAGGUAUGGCGGCCCCAGGGGGAGUAAAAUCCAGAGGUGCCAUAUUAUUGGAAUUAGCCAGGGAAAUCAGAGAUCUACGUGAAGAACUGGAAGAAAAACGUUACGAUCGAGAUCCAGUGCCACAAGAAGCACCACGUCGAGAAACUUCCAACGUACCUAUUCCUCAAGAGCUACCGAAACACCAGCAACGGCCGUCACUAAUUUCUAUGUUUACUGGAGGACCACAAGCUCCAAGCUUUUCAUCAUUUCAACAAGAUUCUCGGAGUGGAACCGGAGUAUGUACCCCAAGUGAUACAUUAUCUCAACAAACAUUACAUGCACCCAGAGGUGAAUCGCUAUCAAGCUCCACUACCACAACCAACAAAGACAUAAUGAUGGCUGACAAUCAGAGCGGCGACGGAAUCACUCUAACCCCAGUAAACGUUCCUGAAGGAUCAGUAAUACGCCAGGUUCCCAUAUCGAGCAUUUUAUCAGAGGGCGGAGCUCCCUUGCUUUCUCAUUCAAUAUCUAUGCAACCAUCAAGUAAAGUUCAGCCUCCAAAACUCCGAUUUGUCUCUUCGGUUGAGUUCAAAACAUCUUCGGGUGAAACUUCUACAACGCCUCUUUCGCCGGAUAGUUUGGCAGAUGAAAGCUCUGGAGAUAAUCAGAAACACCGUUUACAACGCUCCCGAGCUCAAAGCCGCAAGACAUUCCGCUGUCGCCGAGGAACAACGCGCGGUAACAAUCAUGGAACGGAACCACAUCAACCGCCGCCGGUGUCAUCUGUAGUGGGCAGUCACGUGCCACAUACCGUUCCAACGGAACCAUCUGAAGUCAUUAAUAAAAACAUCACCGCAGUAGGGGAUCUCUCCUGGGAUUCCGUAUCGCAAACGUCAUCCACUUCAGGAUACCGCGAUAAUUAUAGUCUGCAAACAGGCUUACUUUCACCGGAUGGCUCAUUAACCGGAACCGCCCUUGGUGGCCGUUCGUCCUCGCAGCAUUCGUUGUUGAUGUUGUUUGAGACGCAGGAUGAAGAUACGUUGAUUUAAAAAGUUUUAUAUGCAUAUUAUAACUGUUGAAUAUGCUUUUAAACAAAUUUUAACGCAGAUUUUAACCCCAUUAACCGCUAGUCGUUAUUGUAGUGCAAACCAGAAUUGCGGCUAUAAAGAAAUUACCCUUUCAGUGAUGUUCUUGGUGCGAGUCGGUUUAUAGGUAGUCUAAGCUAAGGCUAUCUUCAGGAGAGUUACAAGUCGUGGAAUGUUCAAAAUAAUAUAACUUACUAUACGAUUUGAAAUCCUGCUGAAGACGCUUUAAGAUUGUAAAUGUAUAUUUCGGUCAAAAAUAAGAUAGCUUCCUCCCUAA